CGAUGCGCCUGAUAAAUAGCUCUCUGCAGGUUCUGCUGCUUCUCGUUGCUGCUACCGCAACGCUGGUGACUUCAACCUUAACGGUCACCAUCCCCCCUUCCAAUCUGCUCCCCAACCCCAACGCCUUGCCGGCCGGGACGCAUGCCACCUUGACCUCCCUGCCGUCGUCUGAACGCUCCAAGGAGAACUCCGAGUCUGUCUCCCACACCUUGAGCGCCUCGCUGACUCGCUCCGCGACCUUCGUCUUUCGGAACCUGCCCUCGUCCCAGUCCCAAGCCCAGUCCUACUUGCUCGACAUUCGGUGUGCUGAAUAUGUCUUCGCCCCUUAUCGCGUCGACAUCUCCGCCAAUGGUGCGGUGCUGGGCAUCUGGGAAACGUUUCGCGGAAACCCCUGGGACAAUCGUGGGACCGAGAAGUUUGUCGUCGAUCCUGCCGCUUCCGAGGCGGCGGCAGCCCCGGUGGGCGAUGUGACGGUGGAAGCCAAGUUGCUGACAAGGAGAGCUUUCUACGAGGAACGAUCUAAAUUCUCCCCUCUCGCCUUGUUCAAGAACCCUAUGAUUCUAAUGGCCCUGGUGGCCCUGGGAUUUACAUUUGGAAUGCCGAAAUUGAUGGAAAACAGUGAGUUACGGCUGUCUCGACCCUAAUUGUGACCUCAAGGGGCUUGCUAAACAUUGAACCCUCCCCCGCAG